ACGUCGUCCACCAACUUACUACAACUAUGAUUGGCAAGUUGGUUUCAAAGUGGAACAACAAAUACCAUAUUCCAGCAAAGUUGUUUAGGAGGAACCACAACUUUACCAAAUCAGCUCCUUCCUUUAGUAGAUUUUCAAAAUAUAGGUGGACCUUGUUUGCUGGAGCAAGUACUUUAUCUUCCUUAUGGUUGAGUAAAGUAGUAUUCGCAGAAGAAAAUAAGCAAAUGAUUGAAUCAGAAACUGGACCCAUCUGGGAUGUUUUCUCCGACGAAGCCAAACCCACAAAGACUGCUGAUGAGUUGAACGAUACCCGUAAUGUUUUGGCGCCAACAGGUUCUCCUCGCAAAUCGUUUCCAACCCUUGUUUUAUUUGAAAUGGAAUCAUGUCCUUAUUGUAAGAAGAUUCGCGUUGCUCUUGACUAUUAUCGAAUACCGUAUUCUUGCGUACAAGUUACUGCAGUGGGGAAAAGAGAGUUGCGAACAACGAGUUCCAAAAAAGUACCUGUGCUUGUGAUUGACGGUGUAGAAUAUCACAACUCUUUUGCUGCGUUGUGGAAGAUACAAGACUUUGUAGAUGAUUCUUUGAGAGAAGAUCAGCGUAAUAUACCUGCAGUAGAAAGAAAGUGGCUGUAUAAGGUAGAUGAUCGUUUGAUUCCAUUGAUAACUCCGAAUAUCGCACAUACUUUAAGUGAGUCUUAUCAAAGCAUGAAGUAUUUAUUAUCAGUAGACCGAUAUUCUUGGUACGAACGGUUAUCGGUGAAUUUGCUGGGUCCAUUCUUUCUCUAUGUGAUGGGAAAGAAGAGCAAAUGGUCUUUGGAUAUUCAAGAUGAACGUCGAGAGUUGUUGGAUGAACUCAAUCAAUGGAUGGAAGAUGUGGGUGAUCAUUCAUUCCUUCUGGGAGAACGUCCUUGUUUAGCUGAUUUGUGUCUAUUUGCAUUUGUGAAAACUUUGCAACCUUUUGAUGUUAUGACAGAUAUCAAAAGUCAUACUAGCAUCAUGUCUUGGUUUCGUCGAAUGGAACAAGCUGUAGGGCCCAGUCAAAAGAUACAAAACUUGAGACCCAAAAGCUCAUUAUGGAUGUUUUAGUGAAUACUAUAUAUGCCUUUUCUUUUUUGAUG